AUGACAUUAAAAAAUGAGGAAUUACAGGAACAGACCAAAAGGUUACGAUUCAAAAAUGUUAACCCCACUUAUUCGGCAGAAUUUGGAGAAAGGACUUUAAGAGAAGUUAAGAACAAAGAUGGCGAAAAAGGGGUUUCUCUAUUUACGUUCCUGCAUGUAGAGCUUACGAGAGGAUAUUUAUUGGAGCAUGAUGAAGAACGGUUUUCGGCAAGACGUGAAAAGGUGUAUUCCUUCAUCAAAAUUCCACAGGAGCUGGAAAAAUUCAUGGCAUACGGAUUUUUUCAGUGUGCAGAUUCUCUACUCUUUAUUUAUACUUUUCUGCCUCUAAGAUUUAUAAUGGCCUUCUGGUCGUUCUUAGAUAGAUUGUUUCGUAGGUGUUUUGGGUUCUAUUCAAAUUCGCGUUCAAGUAUACUUAAGCCGGCUGAGACCUGCGAUGUACUUAAAGGCUUCAUUUUAUUAAUAUGUAGUAUCUUAAUGUGUUAUAUUGAUACAAAUAUGAUGUAUCAUCUUGUAAAGAGUCAAAGCGUAAUGAAGCUAUACAUUUUCUACAAUAUGUUGGAGGUAGGAGACAGAUUAUUCUCUGCUUUUGGACAAGAUACAAUUGAUGCAUUAUUUUGGACAGCCACAGAGCCAAGGGAUCGAAAGAGGGAACACUUGGGUGUCAUCCCACAUUUAAUAUUUGCUAUGAUUUAUGUGUUCCUCCAUAGCCUACUAGUGUUGUUUCAAGCGACAACACUUAAUGUAGCAUUUAACUCAAACAACAAGAGCCUCCUCAUCAUAAUGAUGUCAAAUAACUUUGUAGAGCUAAAAGGCAGUGUUUUCAAAAAGUUCGACAAGAACAAUUUAUUCCAAGUGUCGUGCAGUGACGUGAGGGAGAGGUUGCAUCUGUCUGUCUUGCUCUUCAUAGUUGUGCUCCAGACGAUGAAGGAGUAUGUGUGGAAGGAGGAGCGCUUCUGGAUUCUGGCGCCGGACUGCGUCUUGGUUUUGACGUUCGAAGUUAUCAUUGACUGGGUGAAGCACGCUUUCAUUACGCGCUUCAACGAGAUACCGUUUGGAGUGUACCGCGAAUACACCGUGAGUCUCGCGUACGACGUUGCACAGACGCGUCAGAAGUACGCGUUCAGCGAUCACUCAGAUCUUGUGGCACGGCGCAUGGGCUUUAUUCCGCUGCCCCUUGGCGUGGUCAUAACGAGGGUUCUAGUACACGCUGUCAAGGUCGAAGGAUUCGCAGCGAUAUUCCUGAUCUUCGUGGCGUAUUUGUGUCUGAUAUCGGUCCGAGUGCUCAUCUCCAUAGUAAUCUUGGGCAAAGCGUGCGACCUCAUCGCCCUGCACCAGAGCGAGAAGUGCGAAAGUCACCAGAACACGCCCAAACGAGAGUAUAAAGAAUUUAAAGAGGUGUACACGCACAAGACAACAGACAGCGAACCUCCAGACAGAAAGCAGCUCAAAUUCGUAGUUCCUGUUGGAGACGGAGUCAAGGUGGAACCUCGAGUCGAUUCGACGGGUGCAGCAGCCAUUUUCUCAAACAGCGCUAUCGACUUAAACGGGGUCUGCUACCUCAAUGACAGCCUCAACGAACCGGUCUGCGUUAAACACGAGCCCACUGACUACGAAAACGAGCUGACGGACGUGAGCCGCAGCGCCCCAGACAUAAACAAGUCUUCCCCGGGCACAACCGAAAACGAGAGGGCACAUUCUCCAGACGCGGAGGGGCUUAAGCGACGCGCCGAAUCAGAACCGAAUCUGGCAACUACAGACGAUGACGAUAAACAAUAA